GAUGCAGAAGAACACCCCGCUGAAGCAACUGAGAUCCAUGUGAAUGUUAUAAAGAUGGCAUUUAUUAAAGAGGAGAGUGAAGAUUGAGAAGCGUUCAGAGUGAAACAUGAAGAAACUGAAACACAAACAGACUUGAUGGCACUGAAAGAGGAGAAUCAAGACCUAAAUGAAAAAGAAGAUAAAGACGAGAAACAUGAUUUCAUGGCUGAAGAAAAAGCUUUUAGUUGCUCUGAGACUGAAAAGACUUUGUCAAGAAAAAAAGCUAAAAAGACAGCGACUAAAGGUAAUUUCACUUGCCAACAGUGCGGAAAGAUUUUCAAUCAAAAUAGACACCUUACAGUCCACAUGAGAGUUCACACUGGAGAGAAACCUUACACGUGCCAGCAGUGUGGAAAGUGUUUCAGUCAAAAAGUAAGUCUUAAAGCCCACAUGAGAGUUCACACUGGAGAAAACCCUUACACCUGCCAACAGUGUGGAAAAUGUUUCAACAGAAAAGGAAACCUAACAGUCCACAUGAGAAUUCACACUAGAGAGAGUCCAUUCUCCUGCCAACAGUGUGGAAAAAGCUUCACUCAGAAAGGAAGCCUUAAAGUCCACAUGAGAAUUCACACUGGCGAAAACCCUUUCGCCUGCCAGGAGUGUGGAAAAGGUUUCAUUCGAAAAGCGAGUCUUAAAAAAAGCCACAUGAGAGUUCACACUGGAGAGAAGCCUUACACUUGUGUCCUCAAUGUGGAAUUCACUCUGGAGAGAAGUCAUAAACCCUCAAACCCCACAUCAUAA